UUCUCAUCCGUCCCUCUACCCAGUCCCCCUUUCUGUUAAUCUCCGAUUCACCAAAGUCCAAACCCUAGCUUCCCUUUCUCUAAUUUCACCCCGUUGAUCGAUUUUUCAACCCCUCACUUCCCAUGAUUCUUUUCUCUUUCUCCUAAAAGAUUUUACCAGAAAUAAGAGAGAGAAUCCAAUAAUUUAUUUCUUUGUUAGAAAAAAGAAGAAUCCGAGCUAGAUAGACGAUUCGGCAAAAAAUGACGUCGUCAACGACGAGCUCGGUUUACAUCAACGUCAUCGAAGACGUCAUGAACAAGGUUCGCGAUGAGUUUAUCAACAACGGUGGACCAGGCGAAAGUGUCCUCAAUGAACUCCAAGGACUUUGGGAGAUGAAGAUGAUGCAAGCGGGAGCAAUCGUUGGUCCAAUAGAGAGAUCUUCAGGUCAGAAGCAACCUGCUCCCGGCGGCCCAAUUACUCCGGUGCACGAUCUCAAUGUUCCUUACGAGGGGACUGAGGAGUACGAAACUCCUACAGCUGAUAUGCUUUUUCCUCCGACUCCUUUACAAACACCUCUGCCUACACCACUGCCUACUCCACUGCCGGGAAGUGCAGAUGGUUCUAUGUAUAACAUACCUACUGGAGGUAGUGAUUAUCCCACACCUUUGAAUGAUAGAGGAACUAAUGCUGAUGUAAAAGGUGGAAGGCCAAGCACUUAUAUGCAAUCUCCUUCUCCUUGGUCAAAUCAAAGGACCUCACUAAGUGUUGAUGUUAGUGUUGCUUACGUGGAAGGACGGGAUGAGGCGGACAGAGGAACCUCAGAUCAACCCCUGACACAGGACUUCUUUAUGAUGCCUCCUGGAAAGAGAAAACGUGAGGAUUUUUCUACACGGUAUAAUAAUGGUGGUGGAUAUAUACCACAGCAAGAUGGAGCUGGAGAUUCUACAUCUGAAAUUGCAAAGACAGAGGGAAACAAGGCUUGUAAUUUCUUGGGUAGACAUGACUCAGCAACCAAUGCAAAAAGCAAGAUCUUAGCACACUUAGCUACAUCAUCAUCAAAGAUUCCGCAACUAGAUGGACCAAUUCCUGAUCCGUUUGAUGAUAUGCUUUCUACUCCCAUUAUUUACAAUUAUCAAGGAGUUGUCAAUGAAGAUUACAACGUAGCGAACACACCGGCUCCAAACGACCUUCAGGCUGCCACUCCUGCUCCUGUUGCCCAAAAUGAUACAGUUGAUGAUGAUGAUGAUGAACCUUUGAAUGAAGAUGACGAUGACGAUGAUUUGGAUGAUGUAGACCAGGAGGAGCUGAAUACACAGCAUCUAGUUUUGGCUCAAUUCGACAAGACGAUGAAUAAACAAAGAUGUUAUAUAUUUUUAUUUUUAGGUGACUCGUACCAAGAGCAGAUGGAAAUGCACACUGAAGGAUGGCAUCAUGCAUAUAAACAAUAAGGACAUCCUCUUUAACAAGGCAACAGGGGAAUUUGACUUCUGAUUUUGUUAGCGAAAUUCCUUUCACCAUUAUAUCGUAGCAGUUACUUUUAAAGAGCAAGUCAAAGGGUGUUUCGUAAAUUUUUCUUUAAUUAAUAUCAA